AUGAGAAUUCAAAUAAAAGGAGGUAUAUGGAAGAACUGCGAAGAUGAAGUUCUGAAGGCUGCCGUGAUGAAAUACGGCCUGAACAACUGGUCAAGAGUUGCGUCCUUGCUAGUGAGAAAGUCAGCGAAACAAUGCAAGGCAAGGUGGUAUGAAUGGCUAGACCCAUCAGUGAAAAAAACAGAAUGGAGUAAAGAAGAAGAAGAGAAACUUUUACAUUUAGCGAAGUUGUUCCCAACCCAAUGGAGAACUAUUGCACCCGUAGUUGGAAGAACGGCACAGCAAUGCUUGGAUCAUUAUGAAUAUUUACUUGAUGAAGCAGAAGGAAAAGUAUAUGAUAAAAACAAAAAUCCAAGAUAUUUGAGACCAGGAGAAAUUGAUCCAGCUCCAGAAACAAAACCUGCGAAAGCAGAUCCUGUAGAUAUGGAUGAAGAUGAAAAGGAAAUGUUAGCAGAAGCAAAAGCUAGACUUGCAAAUACAAAAGGGAAAAAGGCUAAAAGAAAAGCAAGAGAAAAACAAUUAGAACAAGCUAGACGAUUAGCCCUAUUACAAAAAAAAAGAGAAUUAAAAGCUGCUGGCAUUACCACCAACAAAAUGAAAUAUAAAAAGAAUGAUAAAAAUCGAAUUGAUCAUGUUAAGGAAAUUUUAUUUGAAAGAAAACCAGCCAAAGGAUUUUUCGAUGUCAGUGAAGAACAAACAAUUUCUCAUUUUGAUGAAAAAAAAAGUAACCAAUUUAAGAGUAUCAAAUCGAUGGAUGUAGAAAGUAUAAAGGAGACAGAAAUAGGUGGUCCUUAUGAUGAUCUUCAAGAUUCUGAAGAUGGUUCUCGAAAAAAAAUUCAUUUUAAAGGGAAACGAAAUAAUGAAGAAAAAAAUCUCCUAUUGGCUAUUGAAAAUUAUGACAAACAGUUUAAUGAAUUAAGUCAUUUGAGAAAAAGGGUUCGAUUGAAUUUACCGGAACCAAUUUUAAAUGAAAAUGAAUUGGAAGAAAUUAUCCAAAUAAAUAAAGAAGCUAAUUCAUUCAAUCAAAUUAUUAAAGAGCAAAAUGAAAAAAAUAACAGCAAUGCAGUAGUAAUUAAUAAUAUACUACCAAGUGUAACAAGUUCCCCAUUUAUUUUGAAUGAUAAAGAUAAAUAUUCAUCUAUUGCAACAAAUUUUUAUAAUAAAUCGAUUGCAUUUUCAAGCAAGCUAGAUUUAAGUAUACAGCAAGCUGCACAAAAUAUAAUUUCGAGAAAUAUGAACGAACCCAUUAUUGGAAUGAAUGAACCCGUUCAAUUGAAUAAUUAUCAGCAGGGAAAUCACCACAAGGAUGAUAACAAUGAAAUGAAUAAAAAUCAUAUGAAUGACUAUUCUCCAAUUUUGCACGAUGAACCCAUAACUAUUGCCCAAAAUGUCAAAGAAGUAAAAGAAGAAAUAGAAAAUUAUAAAAAAAUGACGGAUGAACAGCAAACUACCAGUAGAGAAAAAAAUUCCAUAAAAAAUAAAAUCAUAAGUGAUAUUAAAAGUUAUCAAAAAAAUGUCAGUCUUUAUGCACAUUCAGUUUUAUCUUAUAAAAAUGGAAGAAAUGAAAAUUCAAUAAUUGGUAAUGACACAUUAGUUAGCGAAUUUUAUGAUGAAGAUUAUGAAGAAAAAAUAGAUAGAGCUAAAUUACUUAUAAAAUCUUCCCUUGCACAUUUACCAAAAGAAACUAAUGUAAUUGAAUUGCAAAUUCCUGAUGAUUUAAAUAAUGAAGAUAAUGAGGAAACACAAAUUAAUUCUGAAUAUGAUCAGAUAGAAAAAGACAUACAAGAUAUUGAAAGAGAUAAAAAAAUGCAAGAAUAUAAAAAAGAAAAAGAAAAAUUCAAUAAUCAAAAUAAAAUUAUUAGGUGGAAUUUACCUAGACCAUAUUUUCUUCAAAAAAUGAAUAUCACACAUCCAUUUCCUCGAACAGACAUGUCUGAUACGGGGAAUUCUGAACAAGUAGAAAACCUUGUACAUAAUGAAAUGAUACUUUUAAUAAAAAAUGAUAUGUUUAAUUACCCCAUGAAAAGUAGCACACCCAUUCAGAAUAAGAUUACACUUGAUGAUGUUGGUAAGACAUACAUGAAGAUGGCUCUUGAUUCUGUGCAAGCCGAAUUGCAGAAAACCACACACAACGGGUCUAACAGCGCGUCACAGGACGCAACAUCCAUUAUCAAUGGUGAACAAAUAAUGAAAUUGGAUUCGAAUAUGUAUUUAAGUGAAUCCACAAAAAAUGGUGAAAUGGAAAACGUUGGCGAAGCGACAACCCACUUGGAUGAAAUGAAUAAAGAUAUUCGUAAAGACAAUCAACAGAAGGAACAUGGCUCGACAAUCCACCCAAAUGGAGAGAACCCAUCGAAAGAAUUGAACCCACAAUGCUAUGGAACGGAACAGGACCUAGAAAUGUGGAAUAAAAUAAAUAACCAAAUCCUUUUUUGUCCCAUUAAGAAUGUGUACAUGUUCGUUGAAAAUAUGAAUGAACGAGACAUAAAAGAAAAUUACAAAUACAGGUGUCAGAAGUUGGAUAGUUUAAUUCAAAAAAAUAUGAACCUUUAUAAAAAAAUAGAAAACAAAUAUGAUAUAUACACAAAGGGUUAUCAGUUAAAAAUUAAGGGGUACAAAAAAACUUUUGAUUCCCAAUUUAAUUUGUAUAUUAAUUACAUGAGUGAAAAGGACGCACUAAACGCUUUGCACGAGCGGGAGAAAAAAUAUGCCCUUGAACGGAUUCAAGAGGAACGCGAAGAAAACAAAAAAGAAAUAGAAUACCACAAGUCCCUCCAACAACUCUACGUUGAAUUACUUGAAAAUAACAAUCUCUUGAAGCAGGGAGAUAAACGAAUGUGCUUGAAGCACGCAGGUGAAGGAGAAGCAGAGGUGGGUGGUUAG